ACUUCUCGCGGAGAGUUAGAGAGAAGGAUCUCAGACUUCUUGCCUCAGCGAGGAUCUCCGCACACUCUCCAUCCAUUUCUUUUUCUACUUUCCCCUUCUCUGUUUUUUAUUUCACCAAUUCUGGUACACACUAGUUUUUAAGGCUGGAGGUUCUCGAGCGCUUGCUGCCCAGGACUCCCCCACCCCCUCCCCCGCUGAUGGAAUCCGAGAUGCUGCAGUCGCCUCUCCUGGGACUCGGAGAGGAAGAUGAGGCUGAUCUUACUGACUGGAACCUGCCUUUGGCUUUCAUGAAAAAGAGGCACUGUGAGAAAAUUGAAGGCUCCAAAUCUUUAGCUCAGAGCUGGAGGAUGAAGGAUCGGAUGAAGACCGUCAGUGUUGCCUUAGUUUUGUGCCUGAAUGUUGGCGUGGACCCUCCAGAUGUGGUGAAGACUACUCCUUGUGCACGUUUGGAAUGCUGGAUUGAUCCUCUGUCAAUGGGUCCUCAGAAAGCCCUGGAAACCAUUGGUGCGAAUUUACAGAAGCAGUACGAGAACUGGCAGCCAAGGGCGCGGUACAAGCAGAGCCUCGAUCCAACUGUGGAUGAAGUGAAGAAGCUUUGCACGUCUUUACGUCGAAAUGCCAAGGAGGAGCGGGUCCUCUUCCACUACAAUGGGCAUGGGGUGCCCAGGCCCACUGUGAACGGCGAGAUUUGGGUCUUCAACAAGAACUACACUCAGUACAUCCCCCUGUCUAUAUAUGACCUGCAGACAUGGAUGGGCAGCCCCUCCAUAUUCGUCUACGACUGCUCCAACGCUGGUCUCAUUGUCAAGUCCUUCAAACAGUUCGCCCUGCAGAGGGAGCAGGAGCUGGAGGUCGCUGCUAUUAACCCAAACCACCCACUGGCCCAGAUGCCUUUGCCCCCAUCCAUGAAGAACUGCAUUCAGUUGGCAGCCUGUGAGGCCAACGAGCUCCUGCCCAUGAUCCCCGACCUUCCAGCCGACCUAUUCACGUCAUGCCUCACCACCCCCAUCAAAAUCGCCCUGCGUUGGUUUUGCAUGCAGAAAUGCGUUAGUCUGGUGCCUGGAGUCACGCUGGAUUUGAUAGAAAAGAUUCCCGGGCGGCUGAACGACAGGAGGACCCCCCUGGGCGAGCUGAACUGGAUCUUCACGGCCAUCACAGACACCAUUGCGUGGAACGUGCUUCCUCGGGAUCUCUUCCAAAAGCUCUUCAGACAGGACCUGUUGGUGGCUAGUCUGUUUCGAAAUUUUUUAUUGGCGGAAAGGAUCAUGAGGUCGUAUAACUGCACCCCAGUCAGCAGCCCACGCCUGCCCCCCACGUACAUGCACGCCAUGUGGCAGGCCUGGGACCUGGCUGUCGACAUUUGUCUCUCCCAGCUGCCGACCAUCAUCGAAGAAGGCACGGCAUUUCGGCACAGCCCCUUCUUUGCUGAGCAGCUGACCGCCUUCCAGGUGUGGCUCACGAUGGGCGUGGAGAACAGGAACCCACCUGAGCAGCUUCCCAUUGUCUUACAGGUGCUGCUGAGCCAAGUGCACCGGCUGAGAGCCCUGGACCUGCUGGGAAGAUUUCUGGACCUGGGUCCCUGGGCGGUGAGCCUGGCCUUGUCUGUGGGUAUUUUCCCCUACGUGCUGAAGCUGCUCCAGAGCUCAGCCAGGGAGCUGCGGCCUCUCCUUGUCUUCAUCUGGGCCAAGAUCCUCGCCGUGGACAGUUCGUGCCAAGCUGACCUGGUGAAGGACAACGGCCACAAGUACUUCCUCUCGGUCUUGGCAGAUCCGUACAUGCCAGCUGAGCACAGGACCAUGACAGCCUUCAUUCUGGCUGUGAUCGUUAACAGCUAUAACACGGGGCAGGAAGCCUGCCUCCAGGGAAACCUGAUCGCCAUCUGCCUGGAGCAGCUCAACGAUCCCCACCCCCUGCUGCGCCAGUGGGUGGCCAUCUGCCUGGGCCGGAUCUGGCAGAACUUUGACUCGGCCCGGUGGUGCGGGGUGAGGGACAGCGCUCAUGAGAAGCUCUGCAGCCUUCUCUCCGACCCCAUCCCUGAGGUGCGCUGCGCAGCAGUCUUUGCCCUCGGCACAUUUGUGGGCAACUCCGCAGAGAGGACGGACCACUCCACCACCAUCGACCACAAUGUGGCCAUGAUGCUGGCCCAGCUCAUCAACGACGGCAGCCCCGUGGUCCGGAAGGAACUGGUGGUGGCUCUGAGUCACCUUGUCGUUCAAUACGAAAGCAAUUUCUGCACUGUGGCCCUGCAGUUCAUGGAAGAGGAGAAGAACUACCCACUGCCCUCUCCAGCCACCACAGAGGGUGGGAGUCUGACCCCCGUGCGGGACAGCCCCUGCACCCCCAGACUGCGCUCCGUGAGCUCCUACGGAAACAUCCGCGCCGUCACCACGGCUAGAAGCUUGAACAAAUCUUUGCAAAACCUGAGUCUGACAGAAGAAUCCGGCGGCUCGGUGGCCUUCUCUCCCGGGAACCUGAGCACCAGCAGCAGCGCCAGCAGCACCCUGGGCAGCCCCGAGAACGAGGAGUACAUCCUGUCCUUCGAGACCAUCGACAAGAUGCGCCGAGUCAGCUCCUACUCCUCCCUCAACUCCCUCAUCGGAGUUUCAUUCAAUAGUGUUUACACUCAAAUUUGGAGAGUCUUGCUACAUCUGGCUGCGGAUCCCUAUCCAGAUGUUUCCGAUUUGGCUAUGAAAGUGCUCAACAGCAUUGCCUACAAGGCCACAGUGAACGCCCGGCCUCAGCGCAUCCUCACCACCUCUUCCCUCACUCAGUCGGCACCCGCCAGCCCCACCAACAAGGGCAUCCACAUCCACCAGGCGGGAGGCUCCCCGCCAACAUCCAGUGCAAGCAGCUCCAGCCUGACCAACGACGUGGCCAAGCAGCCGGUCAGCCGAGACCUGCCUGCAGGCCGGCCGGGCACCACAGGCCCCGUGGCGGUGCAGUACACACCCCACUCCCACCAGUUCCCCCGGACACGGAAGAUGUUCGACAAGGGCCCAGACCAGACCACUGACGACGCGGAUGAUGCUGCUGGGCACAGAAGUUUUGUUUCGGCCACAAUGCAGACAGGGUUCUGCGACUGGAGCGCGCGGUACUUUGCCCAGCCUGUCAUGAAGAUCCCGGAAGAGCAUGACCUGGAGAGUCAGAUCCGCAAGGAGCGGGAGUGGCGGUUUCUGCGAAACACCCGCGUCAGGAAGCAGGCGCAGCAGCUGAUCCAGAAGGGUAUCACAAGGCUGGACGACCAGAUAUUUCUGAACAGGAACCCUGGUGUCCCCUCCGUGGUCAAGUUUCACCCCUUUACGCCGUGUGUGGCCGUCGCUGACAAAGACAGCAUCUGUUUUUGGGACUGGGAGAAAGGGGAGAAGCUGGAUUAUUUCCACAACGGAAACCCUCGGUACACGAGGGUCACGGCCAUGGAGUAUCUGAAUGGCCAGGACUGCUCACUCCUGCUCACAGCCACAGAUGACGGUGCCAUCAGAGUCUGGAAGAACUUUGCUGAUUUGGAAAAGAAUCCAGAAAUGGUGACGGCCUGGCAGGGGCUCUCCGACAUGCUGCCCACCACCCGAGGAGCUGGGAUGGUGGUGGACUGGGAACAGGAGACCGGCCUCCUCAUGAGCUCGGGAGAUGUGCGUAUCGUCCGGAUCUGGGACACGGAUCGUGAGAUGAAGGUGCAGGACAUCCCCACAGGUGCCGACAGCUGCGUGACGAGCCUGUCCUGCGACUCCCACCGCUCCCUCAUCGUGGCUGGGCUCGGCGACGGCUCCAUCCGCGUCUACGACAGGAGGAUGGCGCUCAGCGAAUGCCGCGUCAUGACAUACCGGGAGCACACGGCCUGGGUGGUGAAGGCCUACCUCCAGAAGCACCCUGAGGGCCACAUCAUGAGCGUCAGCGCCAACGGGGACGUGCGCUUCUUCGACCCUCGGAUGCCGGAGUCCGUGAACGUCCUGCAGAUCAUUAAGGGGCUGACGGCCCUCGACAUCCACCCCCAGGCAAACCUGAUCGCGUGUGGCUCCAUGAACCAGUUCACCGCCAUCUACAAUGGCAGCGGAGAGCUGAUCAACCACAUCAAGUACUACGACGGCUUCAUGGGCCAGCGGGUCGGCGCCAUCAGCUGCCUGGCUUUCCACCCACACUGGCCUCACCUGGCCGUGGGCAGCAACGACUACUACAUUUCCGUGUACUCGGUGGAGAAGCGUGUCAGAUAG